CGCCGCGCCCUUCAGCCCGUGCUCCCGCCCCUCGUCGUCCCCGUGUGUUGUUUGGCUAAAGAUGGCGUUAAGUGCUAGCUUCAGUUUGUUUCACCAAAGAGUCCGGCCCGUGCCUCCACAACACUGACAAAACAGUAACUCAGAACGAUAUUCAGCAGGGAAAUAUGUUACACUGUCGAUUUAUAUGUGCGAACGGUCAUUAGGACGGAGAGAAUUCGUGUUUUUCAGGAUGUAGGCCCGAUUCGGGAGCGGACGGAAGCAAACGGAACUCCAUUUCCCGGGAGGCACUGCGGCAUCAGCUGAUUUUUAAAAGAGAAAAGGAGAAGAAUCAUCUGGAAAUGGCGUCGGUGUCGGGAGGCGAUCGUAAACUCAAACCUUCUUCUUCCAAAGAUCCGGAGCUGUCUCUCUCCUGGUGCCUCUCCAAACUGCCCAAAAAGCCCCACAGCCCCAAAGACCUGGACAAACGCGCCAGGAUGGCCCAGUGGCGCGCCCUGGUGGCCAUACGCACACACCACAUCAAGGGCCACAGGUCGUCCAUCGCUCGGUUCAGGCGCGAGGGCGGACUCGGACCGCUCCUGGAGCUGCUCAAACAGCCCGACUGCAACCGGAAAACUCUGGACCUGGCCCUGAGCAUUCUGGGUAACUGCUGCACCGAGAGGGAGACGUGCGCUCAGGUUCGCAAACUGGAUGGAAUCAACAUAAUCGUGGACAUCAUGAGGAGGCAGGUGGCGCUGGUGUCCGUGCAGAACAGAGCCGCUCGAGCUCUGGGAAACCUCGCCAUGGACCCAGAGAACACUGCCCUGAUCCACACAGCCGGUGGUGUUCCUCUGCUCCUUCUCUGUGUCUCUCAGUCUUCCUCCUCUCCCACCUCUUCCUCCUCUUCCUCUCCUGGAUCCUUCUCUCCCUCUCCCCCCUCCACCCCCGACAGCACCGCGACUACAAGUACAAGUACUUCUCUGAUGAGUACUUCUUCUGGGACGAGUACUUGUGCGGCCGCGUCCUCGUCUCCUGAGUGCAGCGCUGGUUUUGAAUGUGCUCAGUCUGCGUCCCGCGCUCUGCUGUACCUGUGCGACACGCCGGCCCACCGCCUCUCGCUCCUCUCACAGGGGGCGCUCACGUCUCUGGCCCCGCUCCUGUCGCCUGAGCUGCCCUUCGCCCUCCGCCGCGCCGCCCUCCGCGCCGUCCACGAGCUGACGCGGGGCUGCGGCGUGGAGUGCGCCCGGCAGGUGGUCCGCUCCGGGCUGCUGCCGCGGCUCGGGGCGCUGGCGUCCGGAGACGAGGAGGAAGAGGAAGAGGAGGAGAAGACGAUGGAGGAGCUGGCGCUGAAGACCCUCGCCAAUGUGUGCGCUCAGGGCUGCCUGCGCCCCCUGGUGGGCUCUCUGGGCGUGAUCCGGCGGUUCUGCGAGGAGGCGAAGAAGGACGCGCUGAAGUCGUCCAUGUUUUUCAAAGCGCUGUGUCUCUGCUGCAAAGAGGCCGUGAACAGAGCCAAAGUGAAGGACUGCGGAGGUCUGGAGCUCCUCACGGGAUUCAUCUCCACGCAUCAGGACCACCCCCUGUCCAGAAUGGCGAUCUGGGCGUGUGUGGACUUUGUGUUUGACGAGGUCGCCAUGGAGACGCUGCAGGAGGCGGGGCUGGUGGCGGCGCUGGUGGAGCGGUUGGUGCGUCUGUGUAAAGGCUCGCAGCUGCCCCCUGGUGACGCAGCGAGGGACUGCAUGGACUCGUUCGACUUUCCCCCUCCGGAAGAGAAGAAGGAAACUCUGUGCUCCAGCAGCUUCCUCAGCCUCAGGUCGUGGUUAUUGUCUGAAGGCCUCAUCUCGUCUGAGGGAGAUCUGCUGGACUCCUCCUCCACCGACAGGGACACCGAGUGGAGCGGGCUGCACCUGUCCUCUGCUUCACCUGCCACUAACUCUACAACUGCUACUAUUACAACUACUGCAACUACUCCAAAUACUCCAACUACUACUACACCUACCUCCUCCAGCAGCCUUAAGCCUCUUCUCCUCUCACCUGUUUCCUCCUCCACCCCCAAUCCCCACGACCCCACCUGUAAAAACCCCUCCCCCUCCUCUUCCUCCUCUUCCUCUUCCUCUUCCUCCUCUUCUUCUUCUGCACCUGCCUCCAGUUCUUCCAAAACCCCCGUCUCCCCGUCGAAGUUCAAGCUGGGCUCUCCUCAGCGCCGAAAACAGCGAGAUCGAGCGUCCAUCCUGAAGCUCCCGAUCGAGACUCCGCCCUCCGUGAGCCGCCCGGCGUCGUACCACCCGUACCACCCCGAGCCCUGGACCCCGGAGUCGCCCAUCCUCCUGCUGCUGUCGCGCUUCUCGCACGUGUCGGACCCGAGCGCGGCGCUGGUGAACACGGCGGUGAUGUCGGCGCUGCUCCUGUACCUCACGAGUCACCCGGACCCGAGCGCGCGCUGCUUCAGGCUCCUCCUCAGGCUCAGCGAAAACCCAAACUGUCUCCAGGCCCUGGUGAGGAGCGGCACCGCGGCCAUGAUGCACUACCAGCUCUGCGGGAGGGGCGAGGGGGCGAGGGCCACCGCGGCCGACGGCGAGGAGAGAGACGAGCCGAGGCAGAGCCAGCGUGUCAAGGAAAAAGUCCGACAACUCGGUCAGAGCCUCCUGUCCAACCUGCAGCUCCAGUCUGAGGGAGCCUUCGGAGCCGGAGUCCUGAGCCACCUGCUCCUGUCCGGCUCCGAGUCUGACCGGCUCCACAGCGCCCUCUGUCUGCCACUGCUCACCAGUAACAAGUGUCUGUUGAAGAAGCUCCUGCUGGACGGCGGCGGGCUGCACUUCGCUCUUCAGCCUCUGGGCGGCGACGCUGAGGGCGACUCUCCCAAGUGCCCCUUGCUCUACCUCCCCCUGCUGGCCGGCUGCCUCACCGCGCUCACCUCGGGCUUAAAACCCCCCGACCAAUCACGCUUCAGCCUGACCCGCCCCGACUCCGCCCACACCUCCUCUCCCCCAGUCAAGAAGCCCCGCCUGGCCCCGCCCCCCUGCCCGUACCGCCGUGCCACCUUCGACCUCAGCUUCCUGUUGGACGGGGGCGAGCGGCUGCCGGCCAACCGCGACGCCGUGUCCGGGGACGACGGCGCCAGCGAGUAUUUCCGCGCGCUCCUGAGAGGCGGAUUCGGCGAAGCGAGCAGCCGGGACGCCAUCGCCAUCAAGGACGUGAGCGUCGCCGCGCUGGCUCCCGCGCUCCACCACCUCCACGGCUGUCGCUUCGUCGCCGCGGCAACGGAGAAGUGCCAAACCCUGGACGCUUUGGUUCGCGGGGAGACGAGCGAGAACGGAAAACGGUUUGAGGAAACGCGCCUGGGCAAAGCGAUGGUCGGCGCGUGUCGGUUUUUAGUCGCCGAUUUGCAGAAGGAGCUGGAGGAGGUUUGCGUCGCUUUGCUCGUGUCCGGUUUGGAGAAUUUCGACAAAGACAAAAGUGAUUCUGAAAUAGACUCGAGUCUGGAUUUGAAGUCUCAAAAGCGAAAAUGCGCCGACGAAGCUUCAGGUAAAAGCGCAGCGGCAGGCGGCGGCUGGAUUCUGAGGCGUCUUCCGCAGAUGUACCGGUUCUGUCAGAGGUACAGUUACUCGGAGCUGGGGCGCACCUGCCUCGCCGUCCUCAUGGUGGCGCCGUUCUCGCAGGCGCAGGUGGCAGAAGGUCUCAGGAGCCUGGUGCAGGAGGCCGACUGCCUUCAGACGCUCAAACUGGACUUGGUGAGAUUAGUAACAGAAGCUCUGAGCUGCAAAGGAAACGGAAACUGACGUGGAACGUGAGCGCCUCCUCUGGUCCCACAAGUAAAUUUACCACUUAUUUUUCCUGUAAACUUCCAGAAAAAAAUCAAAAAUGAACAUGUAUAAGUCGCAGUUUUUGGGGGAAAUUUGUUUUAUAAAAUGAGAAACCAGGAGCCGACAUUUCCUGUGUGAAGUGAAGUUGUAGUAAAAACAAACGAAGAGAAGAAGAGACUGUGAACGUCACAACAACAGAACAAGUUUAACAAACUCCGUCUCACUCCAAAUCACUAAAUCACUUCAAUUCUUCAUCCUCGUGUCACUUCUGAACAACUCGACCUCAACAUCCAGAGUCUGUGUCACUCGUUCAUUCCUUUUUCAAAAUAAACCGGGUCUAAAAACCAGGUCUAAACCAGGUCUAAACCAGGUCUAAACCAGGACUAAACCCGGUCUAAACCAGGGACUAAACCAGGGACUAAACCAGGGACUAAACCAGGGACUAAACCAGGACUAAACCAGGUCUAAACCAGGACUAAACCAGGUCUAAACCGGGUCUAAACCAGGUCUAAACCGGGUCUAAAACAGGACUAAACCAGGGACUAAACCAGGGACUAAACCAGGUCUAAACCAGGUCUAAACCAGGUCUAAACCAGGGACUAAACCAGGGACUAAACCAGGGACUAAACCAGGGACUAAACCAGGACUAAACCAGGUCUAAACCAGGACUAAACCAGGACUAAACCAGGUCUGAACCAAGACUGAGUGUGAGGACGGGCUUGGAGGUGCACCUGCGUAGACCGUCAGGUGAUCAGGACUGAGACCGGGACUAAGACCAAGACUGAGAUCUGGACCAGACCGGGACUGACACCGGUUCAGCCGUUAUCCGUUUUUUCUAUUCUUCAUUUAAACACAAAAUCGAAAACUGAAAAAUCUAAUCUUUAUGUGUUUUUUCAUUUUGGUUUUGGGGACAAAUAAUGAAGAAAAUAGUCGUUUUUUCAUUUUCCUAUUUUUGGUUUUAUUUUGAAAAACAAAUGAACGACUGACAUGUGGAUUCUUGGAGGUCUCAGACUCAGUUCAGUUAGAAUUAUUUGUGUCUUUCUGAAUCUCGACAGGAUGGUUUCGGUGUCACUGAAGUCCAGACUUUGUCCAUCGUCCAGUGACUUCAGGAAAGUUUCACGGUUCAUCCUCCUGGUGUCACAAGUUUCUCUCUCACUCCAAACUUUCUUUCUGCUGCUCCAUUUCCGUUUUCAGCUGCAGAUUUCACGACUCGCAGUUUGUAAAUCUGCAGAAUCAGAUUUUGUUUUUGGGAGCGUUUGUGUUCAGUCUUCUCAGUCGUCUUGAUAAGUUUUGAAAAAUGUAAUUUAAGUUUGGAAAAAUUUAAUAUAUAAGUAGUAAAAAUAAGGAGAAUAAAUCGCAGGAAAGACCCAAACCAUGAAAAAAGUUCGACUUGUUGUCUGAAAAAUAUGAAAUGCAGGUUAUUGCAAAGAAUUUGACAUCAUUUUAAAAGUGAUUAUCUUGAAGUCCAGCUCAAUGAUGAGGUUGAGGUUGGUCCAGAUCUUUUAGUCCUGCAGAAGAUCCUUUCUCUUUACAUUUUUGGUUCCAAGUCCAAAUUUGUUUUCCAGUUGCUGAAGUUUUUCCAAAUGUUGUUUUGAAGCUGCUCAGUCAAUCACACAAAAUGAUUCUGUUUGUGAACAACUCAACCUGAAAACACGACAAAAAUAAAACUUUCAAUAUAAAAUCUUGAUCUGCUUCUAAACAUCCUGUGAAAAUUUGAGGUUAUUUCAACAAGAAACACCAAAAUUAUGUCAAAUUUUUGGGACACCUGUAGAUUAAAAGUUUGAAAGCUCAGGACGAAUCAGCUCCGUGGAAGAAAAGACCCCAAGACCUUUUACUUCAAAUCUGUUUCUGAAACCAAAAUUAUUAAAACAUUUCACUGAAUCUUGAGUUUUAAAUCUGCUUUUCUGCUUUACGUAACAGAUGUGAUCCUUUUAUCCUCUUAAUAUUUGAAUUUUAUGGGGAAAAUUUACAGAAAAUUUACUUCUGGGACCAGUUUGGACUCGGAAAAAGGUGAGACUAUCGAACUCCUACACUCCUUCUAAUGUUUCCUCCUCAAAAACAGAGCUGGAGUUGAGGAAUCAACGUUCGAAAAGAAAUCAGAAAAUAACGUGAUAAAGGACCUUUAAAAAAUACUGGGGAAAAAAUGGAUUUGAACUUAUUAAACCCGUCAGAUGCCCUUCCGUCUUCCUGUAAACCUUUGUGUCAGAUGUUCUUCCUUUUGGACUAAACUGAAAAUGUGUCAAAUCAAGAGUCGUGUUUCCCUCCUGUCGAUGCGUCUAAAGUCCGACACACACUUCAGGAUUUUUCGGUUUCAAACGAUUUUUAAACAUGCCACAAAAAGCGCAAACCAGAGACACGAGGAGAAUCUGAUGAGAUUUUAAAUCUGACGAGAUUUUAAAUCUGCGAACUCAAAGACGGCAGCAGGAUCCGUCUGCAGACCACAGGAUGUAAAGUUCUGGGUUCCCACGGUGAUGGAAAUCCUGGAAAAGUCAUGGAGUUUUCGUAUCUCUUUCCCGCAGCUCCAGGGUUCAGUUCAGUUCUCAUGAGGCUGCUGCGAUUAUUUUCAAACAUUUACACGUUUUGUUUAAAAGAGACGACAAUAAAUAAAUGCACUGACACGAUUUUGAAUGUUCAAAAACUAUAAUCCCAAACAAUCCACAUGUCAUUUGUCUUUCAAAAUAAAACCAAUAAUAAUAAAAGGAAAAAAACAACUAUUUUCUUCAUUAUUUGUCUCCAAAACCAAAAUGAAAAAACAGAUAAAGAUUUGAUUUUUCAGUUUUAAAUUUUGUGUUUAAAUGAAAAAUGGAAAAAACUGAUAACAGCCGUUUCCUGUUUUUGUGACUUAAACUGUUUUCAGUCCUGGUCUGGUCCCGGCCUCAGUCCUGGUCUUAAUCAAGGUCUGGUCCUGGUCCCAGUCCCGGUCUCAGUCCUGAUCUGGUUCCGGUCUCAGUCCCGGUCUCAAUCCCGGUCUCAGUCCCGGUCUGGUCCUGUUUACACACGGUUUAGGAAUAAAAUCUCGUUAUUUUCUCUGUUUUCUGAGUUUGUAUUUUCUGUCUUUUUGUGUCCGUCUCUUCUGCUCUGGACGUUCAGAUUUCUCGUCUGUUUCUGUUGCGUUGCUGAAGUUUCGAUCUGACAGAAACACACGAGAACGAGGAACACGACAGCUUCACAAUCGCACACGAAGACAAAAAGUCAAGUCACAAAGAAAUUGUCCUGUGGUGUGUGGCGGCCUGAACGGUUAAACUGUUUUUUAUUUAAUUUUUUUACUUUCAAAUGUAAAUCGUCUGGGUGUUGACGUGACAGAUCUGCAGAUGAUCCGUCACGUUUGGUUUCUCGGCCUGAUCGACGUGUCCUAAAUCACCUGUAAAUGUUUUUGUUCUUUUUUUUUUUAUAUUUAAUAAAAUUUAAUUGAAUUUGAGCUUUUCACUGUGAAGAGAAAUCAGGAUGUUUUUGUGCAGCGACAAAUGAGAAAAGUGGAAAACAUGAAUUUAUGCAUAAAACGACGUCAAAGAAUGAAUUUUGAGUU